AGAGGCGGAGCUCGCCGCCGCUCCGCUCGGCGCAAUGAAAGGAGCGCGUGAGCGGCGCGGGCCGUGACUUCCUCGCUCCUCGGCAGCGUCAUUGUGUGGAAGGCAGCACGUUGUCGGCUCCUCCACGCUGAACUUUUACGCCCGAUUAGCGCUCUCCUGCUCGGGGGAGAGAAACCAGAUCCACCGCCACCCUCUCGGACGUGCCUCGGUCAACCCCAGCGUGCGGAAACAUGUCGGCCUCGGCGGCGAAAGCGAGUAAAAAGGAGCUGAACUCGAACCAUGACGGAGCGGACGAAACCUCCGAGAAAGAGCAGCAAGAAGCUAUUGAACACAUUGACGAAGUUCAGAAUGAAAUUGACAGGUUGAACGAGCAAGCCAGUGAGGAGAUCCUCAAAGUAGAACAGAAAUACAACAAACUCCGUCAGCCAUUCUUUCAGAAGAGAUCAGAACUGAUCGCCAAAAUCCCCAACUUCUGGGUCACCACGUUUGUCAACCAUCCACAAGUAUCUGCCCUACUGGGAGAGGAAGAUGAAGAAGCACUUCAUUACCUGAGCCGAGUGGAGGUGACAGAGUUUGAAGACAUCAAGUCGGGCUACAGAAUAGAUUUUUAUUUCGAUGAAAAUCCGUACUUCGAAAACAAAGUACUUUCCAAAGAGUUCCAUCUGAACGAGAGCGGAGACCCAUCUUCAAAGUCAACAGAAAUCAAAUGGAAGUCAGGAAAGGACCUGACCAAGCGCUCCAGCCAGACACAGAACAAAGCAGGGAGGAAGAGGCAACAUGAAGAGCCGGAGAGCUUCUUCACUUGGUUCACUGAUCAUGCCGACGCUGGCGCUGAUGAGCUUGGGGAGGUCAUCAAGGACGACAUCUGGCCAAACCCUCUGCAGUACUACCUGGUUCCUGACAUGGAUGAUGAAGAGGGUGAAGGUGAGGACGAAGAAGAGGAUGAAGAGGGUCUGGAGGACAUAGAUGAGGAGGGAGAUGAAGAUGGAGAGGAGGAUGAAGAGGAUGAUGGAGAAGAUGGAGAGGAUGACGAGGGAGAAGAUGACUAAUGAAAUAACAUCACCAACCCAGACCCUCAACCUUCGAUUCCCUGUUUGGUUUUUCCACUCAUGUUCGGGAGCAAAGUUUUUUUUUAUUUUAUUUUUUUCCCUUUUUUUAUUGUGUGUGCUUCAUUUUCCAUUCUGAAGCCUCUUCACCUGUCGGUGCCAUGUUAUGUUCUCCUUUGACUCAUCUUAAGGCCAAUGGCACUUUGCCCUGAAUUAUGAGUACCAUCCCCACAGUCAUCUAAAAAAUGAUAAUAAAAAAAGUAUUGCAAUAGUAUCAGCACGGCAUCCUGAGUAGAAUUUGAAGAUACUUCACACAGAAUUCCUUCUGUUUAAGGUUGUGUGGUAAAUUGACUAAAGCCAUGGUGUAGUGACCUAGCGCUAGCAGACCUCAAUAUUUUUUCCCAUAUUUUUUAUUUUUUUAGUUGGGGCGUUGGUCCCUUAAACUGUUAUUUUUCCCCUAUGUGGUUAACAAGUACCAGCUCAUUCCUUUGACUUGUAAUGUUUAGGGGGCGGGGGUGGGGUAAGCUGGGGAGGGGCAGGAGUAUGUUGGUUAUUGGGGAGAGUGGUUAUUUUGACAUCAUUUCUAUGGGACUUUUUUUUCUUUUCAUUGUAUUGUUUUACAGAUAUCCAUGAGAUUUGAAAUGACAUUUUUAAUAAAGAACAAAAUGGAAAAAAACAAGCUUGUAAAUUUUGGCCCCCACUGCUUCAUGGGUUUAAAAAAAAAAAAGCCACCUGUUAUCUCAAAGAAUUUACAUAUAAUCACCCUUUCCUUUUCCGCUGGGGGGAAAAGACACUGUUUUAAAUUUGAGGUGUACAACUUGCUUUGUUACAAUAAUAAAACUUACUGUGUA